AUGGGUAGUGGUUACGGGCAUUAUCCUCCUCCUCAUCCACAUUUCGAACCACAUCAUCCUCAUUAUUUUGGUCCAGGACCUCAUCAUCAUCAUCAUCUAGGACCUGGCUUUGGUCUUCACCAUCACAUGGGUCCCGGUUUUGGUCCUCAUCAUCAUAUGGGUCCUGGUUUUGGAUUUAAUCAUCAUCAUCAUCAUCAUCAUCAUGGUGGUCACCAUUUCGGUGGUAGACACUGCUAA